AUGCUCGCCUCAUUGCGCAUCGCGGGGCGUUCGCCUCGCAUCGUUGCGCCUUACCAUCGAAUACGACUGCGACGAUCAUAUGCCUCCGUCACCGACCUCAACGCUCUGCCCAAAGCAGGAGACCACCUGCAUGGCUUCACACUCCAACGAUCCGAACACGUCCCCGAGUUGGAGCUGUCCGCGUUGCAUUUCAAGCACGACAAGACGGGAGCGGACUAUCUGCACGUGGCAAGAGAUGAUACCAACAAUGUCUUCAGCAUCGGCUUCAAGACGAACCCGCCAGAUGCAACGGGUGUGCCGCACAUCCUAGAACACACAACGUUAUGUGGAUCGGAAAAGUAGGUGCUUGAUGCGGGGAUGUUAAGGAACAUGUAGGCUGAUAGAUGGUGGUAGGUACCCCGUUCGUGAUCCGUUCUUCAAGAUGAUUCCUCGCUCUCUUCAAAAUUUCAUGAACGCCUUCACCUCUCCCGACCACACCAUGUACCCAUUCGCUACAACCAACGCUCAAGAUUUCAAGAAUCUGAUGGGCGUCUACCUCGAUGCGACUCUACAUCCACUCUUGAAGAGAUCGGACUUCGUACAGGAAGGUUGGCGAAUUGGACCAGAGAACCCCAAAGCUCCAGCAAAAGACGAAGCGGGAAGCGACUUGGUCUUCAAGGGUGUCGUUUACAACGAGAUGAAGGGUCAAAUGAGCGACGCCACAUACAUCUACUUCAUUCGCUUCAUGGAGCACGUCUUUCCGAGCUUGAACAACAGCGGAGGCGACCCGGCGAAGAUGACAGAUUUGACGUACGAACAGCUCAAGAACUUCCACAGAGAUCACUACCAUCCCAGCAACAGCAAGAUUAUGACAUACGGCGAUCAGUCCGUCGACGACCACCUUCGUUUCUUGGGAGAGCAACUGGCGAAAUUCGAGAAGAGGGAUUUGGAAUAUGAUGUCAAGUCUGCCAUCGACCUGAACGACGGCCCAAAGGAGAUACGCGUGAAGGGACCGGUCGACCCUCUGACUCCCCAGGACUCGCAAUUCAAGACCUCGGUCACGUGGCUCGCCGGCGAUCCGAACGAUGUGAACGAAUCGUUUGCCUUGGGAUUGGCGCUGAACGUCCUGCUCGAUGGUUACGGAAGUCCGCUGUAUGCGUCUCUCAUUGAGUCUGGCCUUGGGAGCGACUUCUCGCCGAACACGGGCUACCUGGACAUGGGCCGAAAAGCCGUCUUCUCGGUCGGCUUGAACGGCGUGAAAGGAGAGGACAUCCCGAAGGUGAAGGAGGCCAUCACUGGAACGAUCAUGGAGGUCGUUGCAAAGGGGCUUGACAAGCACAAGAUUGAGGGUAACCUUCACCAGCUCGAGUUAGGCUUGAAACAUAAGACUGCCAAGUUUGGUCUGAAUGCGGUCCAGAGAAUCCUGGGCAAGUGGUUCAAUGGGCUAGAUCCGUUCAGCGCGGUCGCCGUUAAGCCGAUGCUGGACGCGUUCAAGGCCAGCUACGCCGAGAAAGGCUACCUCGAGGGACUGCUGAAGAAGCACUUGAUGACUGACAACACGCUGUCAUUUACCAUGGAACCUAGCAAGACAUACGGCGACGAAAUUGCAGCCGAAGAAGCGAGCAGAUUGAAGUCAAAGAUCGCAGAGGCCGUCGAGGAAUACCCGAGUGAGCAGGAAGCCUACAAGCAGCUUCGCGAGAGGGAACUUGAACUCGUAAAAGAGCAGGAUGCUGGCACCACCCAGAACCUAGAUAGCCUUCCAACCUUGAGAGUGUCGGACAUCGCCCGCAAGUCAAAGAUGAUCGACGUUCGGGACAGUACUCAGGACAACAAUGUCAAGGUACAGUGGCGAGAAACUGCCACCAAUGGUCUUACCUACUUCCGCGCCCUGGCCAUGUUCAAGGACCUGCCUUCGGAGCUGAGGAUGCUUGUGCCGCUCUUCUGCGACGCGCUGAUGCGGAUCGGCACGAAGAAUAAGCCGAUGGGCGAGAUUGAGGACCUGAUCAAGCUCAAGACAGGCGGCAUCGGCUUCGGUCAUUUCGCUAAGACGAGUCCCUUCGACAUCAAGCAGACGGAAGAGGGCUUAAGCUUGAGUGGAUUUGCGUUUGACGGCAACGUACCUGCAAUGUACGAGCUCAUUCAAACAGUGCUAUUGGAGACAGACUUCGACAGCGUAAACGCGCAGAAGAUGGUCCAACAACUGUUACGGACUAACGCGGACGGUGCUGUCGAUGGCGUAGCAGGUAGUGGACACGCGUACGCCAUGAAGUACGCGGAGGCCGGCGUCUCGCCUGAGGCCAGAAUACGUGAACAGACAGCGGGCCUAACGCAAGUCCGGAUGAUCACGACUCUCGCGGCUGCAGAAGAGAAUCCCGAAGCGAUGGCCGAGCUGAUCAACAAGCUCAAGACCAUUCAAUCCAUCGCAGUCGCCAACAUGAAGGCCGGACACAUGCGCGUGGCCCUGACAUGCGGCGCUGACGCUGUCAGUGCCAACGAAGCUGCCCUGAAGAGCUUCCUCGCCACGACAUCCACUUUCAGCCUUCCAGCACCUAAAUCCUCCAACUCAAACGAACAAGCUCCCGACUACGCCGCCCACCAUCGAACAAUGUUCAAUUUCCCCUACCAAGUCUCCUAUUCCGGCCUCGCACUCCCAACGGGACCUUACACCUCGCCCCAAACCGCACCCCAUGCCAUCCUCGCCAAACUCCUCACACACCGGCAUCUACACCACGAAAUCCGCGAAAAGGGCGGCGCUUACGGCGGUGGCGCAUAUUCCAAAGGCAUUGAAGGGAUCUUUGGAAUGUAUUCCUACCGGGAUCCGAAUCCAGAAAACACGCUCAAGAUCUACUCGGAAGCUGGAAGGUGGGCAGCUGAGAAGGAAUGGACGGAUCGGGAAUUGGAAGAGGCGAAGCUGGGAACUUUUCAGCGGAUGGAUGCGCCGCAGAGUGUGAAUGCGGAGGGAAUGGUGAGGUUUCUGAGUGGGGUUGAUUUUGAGAUGGAGCAGAGACGGAGGGAAUGGUUGCUUGAUGUUGAUGCGAAGCAGGUUCGGGAGGCGGCGGAGGAGAUCAGUGAGAAGAUUUUGGGGGAGGAGGCGUAUGUUUGUGUUCUUGGGAAUGCCAAAAAGCAGCAGUUCCAGAAUGAUGGGAAGUGGAAGGUGGAGGAAAUGGGGACGAAAGGGGAGGGAGAAGGGAGCAUCGAGGAGGAAGUUGAGAGGGGGGAGGCGAUUGUAGGACAUUCGUAG